AUGGGUCUCAACGCUAGCCCCGCGCAAGAGCGACUCGAGAGAUGGGCUCAACGACUCGAGAACCUCACCGUCUCGCCGCUGACACGAGAUUAUCCCGAAACCAAUGUGCCCGAAGCGGGCAAGAGACCAAUUGAGGCUUUCGAGUCAUUGAAGCUGACCCCGGAUGCUCUGGCGGCUGUACAGAAGCUCUCUGAAACUUCAGGAUCGGCCUUUCUGGUUUUCUUGACCGCCUUCGUCGUCUUGGUCGCCCGUCUGACCGGGGAUGAGGAUAUUGCAAUUGGAACAAGCUCCGCGGACGAUGGUCGUCCAUUUGUCCUCCGAGUUCAACUGGAAGCCAGUGAGACAUUUAGCCAGCUCCAGGACAAAGUGGAAAAGGCCUUUACAGAAGGAGCAGCAGAUAUUGUGCCUCUACGAAACCUGCGAUCCUACCUCCAGGAGAAAUCCAAGUCGGAACGAGCACCGGUCCUCUUCCGCUUCGCCGCCUAUGAUGCUCCCGCAGCCUCCCAAGAGUAUCCUGCGAACACCUUCGAGACGACCGAUCUCGUGAUCAAUAUUGCUGUCUCUUCUCAGUCGACGACGGACACGCACCUUGGAGCCUAUUACAAUCAGCGUCUGUUCUCCAGUGCCCGGAUUGGUAUCAUACUGAAGCAACUGGGCCGUCUUGUCCAGAAUGCUGCUUCUAACCCUAAUGAGGCCAUUGGUCGAAUUGAUUUUAUGACGGAGGAACAGAAGGCCAUCCUGCCCGAUCCGACAACGAACCUGAAUUGGUCCCGGUACCCCGGAGCCAUCCAUGAAAUCUUCUCUCGGAAUGCUGAGGCACAUCCAGAGAAGCUCUGCGUGGUGGAGACCGGCUCCAAAACCUCCCCUUACCGCGAGUUCACCUACCGGCAGAUCAACGAAGCGUCCAACCUGUUGGGCCAUUAUCUAGUCCAAUCGGGAAUUCAGAGGGGAGAAGUGGUCAUGGUGUACGCCCACCGCGGUGUGGAUCUGGUGGUUGCAGUCAUGGGUAUUCUCAAAGCGGGUGCUGCUUUCUCCGUGAUCGAUCCCGCUUAUCCUCCCGAGCGGCAGAACAUCUAUCUGGACGUUGCUCGCCCGAGGGCUCUUGUUAUUAUUGAGAAGGCGACUCAAGAAGCCGGGGAGUUGUCUGAACAGGUCCGUUCAUUCAUUGCAGAGAAUCUGCAGCUCCGCACGGAGAUCCCAGCCCUUGCGCUUCGUGAUGAUGGCAGCCUGGUGGGAGGAACUGUCAAUGGUGAGGAUGUCUUCGCCAAGCAGCUUCACCUCAAAUCGCGACCCGUGGGCGUCGUUGUCGGGCCUGACUCGACUCCUACCCUCUCCUUCACGUCCGGUUCGGAGGGUCGGCCAAAGGGUGUGCGGGGUCGUCACUUCUCUCUGGCUUACUAUUUCCCCUGGAUGGCCAAGACCUUUCAUCUCACUGCCGAUGAUAAGUUUACCAUGCUGAGUGGCAUAUCUCAUGAUCCGAUUCAGAGAGAUAUCUUCACACCCCUAUUCCUAGGUGCGCAACUGUUGGUGCCAUCUCGGGAUGACAUCCAGAACGAAAAGCUCGCUGAAUGGAUGCGUAAAUAUGGAGCGACUGUCACCCACCUUACGCCCGCCAUGGGACAAAUCCUGGUAGGCGGUGCGACUGCACAGUUCCCUGCGCUUCAUCAUGCCUUCUUCGUGGGGGAUAUCCUCAUCAAGAGAGACUGUCGGUCGUUGCAAUCGAUUGCCCCCAAUGUGAAUAUUGUCAACAUGUACGGCACGACGGAGACGCAGCGCGCCGUUAGUUAUUACGAAAUCCCCAGCUAUUCCAGUCAGGAAGGAUACUUGGAUAGCAUGAAGGAUAUCAUCCCUGCCGGUCGCGGAAUGGUCGAUGUACAACUGCUCGUUGUCAAUCGGUUCGACCCCACUCGCCUCUGUGCCAUUGGAGAAGUAGGCGAAAUCUACGUCCGUGCAGGUGGUCUGGCGGAGGGAUACCUCGGAUCUCCAGAACUGAAUCAGAAGAAAUUCCUCCAGAACUGGUUUGUCGACCCCCAGAAGUGGGUGGAUGAAGAAAAAGCUCAGAACCAGUCCAACGACGAGCCUUGGAGGGAAUUCUAUCUUGGACCCAGAGACCGAUUGUACCGGAGCGGAGAUCUUGGCCGGUAUACCCCGACAGGAGAUGUGGAAUGUUCUGGUCGGGCAGAUGACCAGGUCAAGAUUCGUGGUUUCAGAAUUGAGCUUGGUGAGAUCAACACCCACCUGUCUCGCCAUCCCCUGGUGCGGGAGAACGUCACAUUGGUGCGCAGAGACAAAUUCGAGGAGCAGAUCUUGGUCAGCUACAUCGUUCCAGCGAUGGAAAAGUGGCAUGCAUGGUUACAAGAAAGAGGACUCACCGAUGACGAGUCGGCUGAAGGCAUGGUUGGCAUGCUUAGGCGAUUCCGACCUCUUCGGGAUGACGUGCGGGAGUACCUUCGUACCAAGCUGCCUUCCUAUGCGGUCCCGUCUGUCAUCAUCCCUCUCAAGAGGAUGCCUCUCAAUCCGAAUGGCAAGAUCGAUAAACCUCAACUGCCUUUCCCAGACACAACAGAGCUGAGCGCUGCUGCUCCUCGACGCAGAUCAUCGGCCUUCAAAGCCCUUUCCGAAACUGAACAGGCGAUCGCUCAGAUUUGGGCCAAGCUCAUUCCGAACGUCACGACGCGCAUGAUUGGGCCAGAUGACUCUUUCUUUGAUCUUGGAGGCCAUAGUAUCCUUGCCCAGCAGAUGUUUUUCGAGGUGAGGCGGAAGUGGAGAGGCAUCGAUAUCAGCAUGAACGCAAUCUUCCGCAGCCCAACCCUGAAGGGCUUUGCCUCGGAGAUUGAUCGAUUGAUUGAAUUCGAAUCCUUCACCGACAACCAAGGACAGGAAGCUGCCAAUGGCACAUCUCCUGCAGCUCCCCAACUCGACGACGAAUAUUCCAAGGAUGCAAGGAAACUGGUGGAAAGUUUACCAGCAAGCUUUGCUGCCCCUACGAGCUCUGUGCUAUCUGAUCAGACGACAGUCUUCCUCACCGGAGCCACUGGAUUCCUUGGCGCUCAUAUCCUCCGCGAACUCUUGUCCCGUCAGAACCCAUCUGUCAAGGUCGUGGCUCACGUGCGAGCGAAGUCUGAAGAGCAGGCGCUUGACCGAAUCCGAUCCAGCUGCCAAGCAUAUGGGUUCUGGGAUCCGUCCUGGACAGACCGUCUUCAGUGCGUGCGAGGUAACCUGGGAGACCCACAAUUGGGUCUCUCUAAUGAGAUGUGGGAGAAGCUGUCACAGACUGUUGAUGUGGUCAUUCACAACGGAGCUCUGGUCCAUUGGGUGUAUCCUUACGCUAAUCUGAAGCCUGCAAAUGUGCUCGGUACUAUUGAUGCUCUGAAACUCUGUGCCAGUGGCAAGCCAAAGCAGUUUGCUUUCGUCAGUUCCACUAGCGUCCUCGACAACGACCACUACGUUCAGGAGUCGGAGCGGAUCGUUGCAGCCGGGGGCGCUGGCAUCAGCGAGGCAGACGAUCUGGAAGGGAGCAGCUCUGGCCUCGGUACCGGUUACGGUCAGAGUAAGUGGGUUGGCGAAUACUUGGUCAAGGAAGCAGGCCGGAGAGGAUUGCGAGGAACCAUUAUUCGGCCAGGAUAUGUCACGGGUGAUUCGACUACUGGGACCACCAACACGGAUGACUUCCUUAUCCGAAUGCUGAAAGGAUGCAUUCAGCUGUCGGCACGCCCGAACAUCAACAACACGGUCAAUAUGGUUCCAGUCGACCAUGUCGCCAGAGUUAUCAUUGCCUCCGCGUUCCAUCCUCCGACGACACCUCUAGGGGUUGCCCAAGUCACGAGCCACCCCCGACUCCGGUUCAAUCAGUUCUUGGGCACUCUCCAGACAUAUGGAUACGACGUCCCUCAAAUCGAUUACGUGCCAUGGGCAAGGGCUCUGGAGAAAUAUGUCAACGAGGGUCACAACGACAAAGAGUCUCAGAAUGCACUGAUGCCUCUUUACCACUUUGUCACCGCAGACUUACCAACCAACACCAAAGCGCCCGAACUGGACGACACCAAUGCCGCGGCUGCUCUCCGGGCAGACGCCUCCUGGUCGGGCAUCGACGCCUCGGCCGGCUCCGGCGUGACAGAAGACCUGAUGGGCCUGUAUCUGGCUUAUCUGGUAUCGAUCGGAUUCCUGCCGCCGCCACCUCAGGCCGACACUGCUCCCAGAAAGCUGCCUGCGAUAACAAUCACCGAGGAACAGAAGAAGACACUCGCGAAUAUCGGCGGCCGUGGUGGCGCAGCUUGA